AUGGAGUUAGAACGAGGGACAUGUUUUUGUUGUGGUUUGGCGCAAGUAAUAUCGGUGCUACCAAAAAACAAAAUUCAGAAAAUAUUGGUCUCUUUAUUUACAGAAAAAAUAUUCAAUAUUAACGCUCUGAGGAAUUGUGCUGCCUUGGUCAGGUUGUGUCCUUCUUGUCUUCACAAACUAAUUUUAUUGAAAGAAACUAGUGAAAAAAUACAGUCAAAUAGUAAAACAGCAGUUGAAGCAAGUCAUAAUUGUUCACUGUGUGGAGGAGAAGAAUUGAUUGUCAAGAUUUCACAGUCAUGGAGUAAUUUCAAAGAAAUAUCUGUGGAUUUUUCAUUAUUUGCCAAUGAAAAAGAAAUAUUCAUGUGUGCUGGGUGCAUAUUCUAUUUGGAUUCUAGAAAUGCAGUGAAGAUCAAACUAUGUACUGAAUAUCCUCAGCUGAAAGAAGUCCCAAAACUAAAAUUAAAAUUGAGAGAACAUUCAACUCCUAUCAGCACAAAAAAAACGCACCUAAAAAUGGCGAAUGAGGAACCAAUUGAAAUAAAUGACUCAUCAUCAGAUAGUGAGGCAUUUAAACUUGAUUUGUCUCCUUUGAAAGGAUUCAAGGCUCUGAAAUAUGAAAAACUUUUCAAAAAUUCUAGAUUGAUCAGUGGAGAUUCAAAAUUUUUGAACCAAAUACUUUUCAUCAAAGUGAAUAAGGAUGAUUUUAUAUCAAUGAACCUUAUUGAUGGUAGGGAUCAAAACAACCCUAAAAUCAAUCCAGAUGAGUCGGUAAGCCCUAAAUUGACUACAAGUCGAAAUAUUGCAAGACGAACUAAACGAUCCAUUGAAAAAAGUACAUCUGCCAUUAUGGAAAACAAGCCUGAAUGUACUAGUUUGGUAGAAAAUGAGACUAUUAGUACGCCUAAGAAAUAUUCUAGAAUCAUAAGAAAUUCACCCAAUAGUGAUUCUAGUACAGGAUCACCUGAAUCAAGAAGUACUUCAUUUUUCAAGAUCAAAUUAAAGAAAAACUCGAAACUCAGUAAACGGACCAAGAAACAACGUAUUGAUCAUAAGAAAAAGUAUAAGAAUUUGACCGCAACAAAUUUUGACAAGAAAUUAAUAAUCAAUAUUGAAAGGCAUGUUGUACUAAAGGAAGCUAAAGAAUCCUUGAAUGAAGAACACCAAUCAGAAGAGGAUGACAUAGUGCGCGUAGAGCAAAUCGAGUCUGAAGAAAAAAGUAAUAUUGAAACUUCAAUGGAAAUCCUUUUUUUGGAGGCUGAUAACGCUGAUAGUGAGAAGAAGCAAGAUGAUAGUAGUGAGAAAUUAGAAGAGAAACAAUGUGAUGGUUCUCCAGAAAAUGAAGAUGAGUCAAUAUGCAAAGAAAAUGGACAAAAAGACGGAAUACUCAAUUCUAGUGAUAUGGUGACAGAUACCAACUUUGAUGAAGCUGCUGAAGCAUCUUCAAAAGAUAAUGAUGAAGAAGAAUGUGAAGGGGGCCUUGGGAUUGUGAAUGAUGAGUCACAAAAAGAAAUUACAAGCGAGGAAGCAGUUUCUGAAGGAACCAAUAUCGACAAAACAUGCAAUACUGAAGAAGAUGAUGAUGAAAUAACAAUCAUAGUUGAAGAAGAAAGCAAAGAUUGUACUGAAACAACAAGCAAUACUGACAAAGAAAAUGAAGUUUAUAGUGAAAACAUUGAGAAUUGUGAUGUUGAAAAUGAAUCCACAAAAAAUGAUGGCAUGAAGGAAGUAACUGCCCCUGCACAAAAUACAGAUGGUGAUGAAAAUAAAUCGGACGAUCAUUCAUCUAGAAAUUUUCCAGAAGAAGAAUCCGGAUUGAAGACAGAGGGAGAUCAAACUACAGACGACAAAACGGGUCCAGAAGGAGAACUAGAAGGUAAUAAAGAUGACGAAUCAUCUGAUAUCAUUAUCAUUGAGGAUUCAGAAAAUAUUAAAAGUCACCAAGAAGAUGAAACUGAUGAAAGUAGUAGAAAUAAGGAAAAUGUAGAAGACAAUGUGUUGGAUGAUGAAGAUAAAGAUAACAGUGAAGAGAAAGAUAAUGAUCUAAAUGGUGACAAUCAGGUUAUGCAGAAUGAUUCAGACUUGGGGAACAAAGAGAGCAAUACAAAAUCUGUCGAAAACAGCAACUCAAAAAUUUCUGAAGACACUAGUAUUGAUGAUGACGUAAGUACAGAGUGUAAAAAACGUAAAUGUAAUGACAGUCCUGAAGAUGCCAGUAGUCCGGAUAGGAAGAAAAAGAAAGUGACUUUCAGUGAUGUGGUUCUGGAAUCCGAUGACUAG